UAAAGACAUGCUUAACACAGGACAGUGAGUUUACACAGUGAUACUCAUCUGUUGUUCUGCUAACUGUUAUGCACUUCAGUCCCUGGAAUCACACCCCAGUCACUGGUUCCUGUGAAUAUGAAAUGACUGAAUCAAGCUGAGGAGGUCAAAACACUUCUUGUAUUGAAAGACUUGUAAACUUUUGUUAGCUUAGAAGAAAAAAACUUCCAGAGUUCUUGAGAGAUGGCUUUGGAGACAUAUGGAAACUGUUUGAGUUGCCUGCUGGUACCUCUUGCGCUUUGGAGUAUUGUUGUGAACAUCCUCCUGUACUUUCCCAAUGGGAAAGCUCUGCAUGCUGCCAGUUACCAGCUCCCCAACCAUGAGUGGUAUUUUGAAGGGAUCUGUUUCUCAGGUGUGAUGAUCCUUAUUUUGGCAGUAAUUCUAAUAAUACUGGAGUGUAGUGUGUUCCAUCAGUGCUGCCAGAGUGAGAGCUGUAACAAAACCUACAGGAGUUUUAUUUCUAUUGUGCUAGCCCUGCUUGGAAUAGCUUUCUCGGGAUACAGUUGCAUCAUUUUUACCCUGCAUUUGAUUCAAGGCCCUUUCUGCAAUUCAUCAAGUGGAUGGAAUUAUAUUUUCAAAGACACUGCUGGGGGGUACCUCACAGAUUACCCUGCCUGGUCCAAGUGCACAGAACCUGCUAACAUAGUGGAGUGGAACAUCAUUUUACUCUCGAUUUUGAUAGCCCUCAGUGGAUUGCAGUUGAUCAUCUGUAUUCUCAAAGUUACUGCUGAGUUGAAACGAACGCUCUGUGGGACCUAUUCUGUUUUUGUGCAGGCUGGGAUUCUCUGAAAAUGGCAAGGAAAUUUUUGCUGCUUCUCCCCCACCCCCAGAAAAAGAGUGAAAUAGCCUCUCCAUUAUCCACAGUGGUAGAUUUAAAUGCUACAAAGAAAAAAUGAAACUCUUGUCUUAAACCUUUGUCUAUGAAACUUCUCUAUUUUGGAUGAGAUAUAUUUCAGCUGUCUGACAUCUACAUUUUUAUUCGUCUGUCCUGUUGCACCUGGCAGGAACACUUCAUUUUUUUACUCUCCAACUUGUUGUGACAAUAGGGAUGUUUGAAUAAAAUGGAACUGCUUUGGUAUUGAAAUCACCUUUGUUUGUUUUGCUUUUAAUAAACUGCUGUAGAA